AUGCGCCCUGCAAGCCACAUCCCUGGCAGCGCCACGCUGCUCACGACGUUUGCCCUGCUCAAUGCCAUCGUCGUGCCCGUCCGCGCCGCCGACUCGGACAGCUCCAGCUCCGCCUCUUCGUCGACCACCGACUCCAAGACCAGCGCGACCGACUCCUCCACGACGUCUUCGUCAUCAUCGCCCACUUCCGCCAGCGCCACGGCCACGACGACCUCGGACGGCAGCACCGACAACGGCGGCCUCACCGGCCUCCCGAGCCUCACCGGCGUCCAGCCCAUACCGACCUACCCAGCGCCUGCGGUCCCCGACACCAAGGAUGCGCCCUUUAUGCAGUCGUCGAGCGCCCCCGAGGGCACCGUCUUCAUCGCCGUCGGCGCCAUCCUCGGCGCCUUCUUCCUCGCCGUCCUGAUCUGGCGUGCCAUUGUCAGCCUGCUGCUGCACCGCUCCGUCGAGCGCGCCUCCAAGGCCCAGUAUGUCGCCAACUCGAAAAAGUCGUCGUCCACCGCCGCCUCGUCGGCCUUUCCCGCGCCGCCCGCGCCCUUUUACAAGUACACCGACCAGGAGUCGACACGCUCCCUGGGCCAGAGCACGCGGCCCCGCGCCAACCGACGUUCGACGCGCGGCCCGGAUCUCUCCAACAACCCCAGCCAGUCCAACCUCUUCUUCUCGCCCACGGCGGCCAACAGCGGCGCCGCCGGCAACCGCGGCUCUACGUAUCUGCCCUCGGGCUUCUACGCCGCCGGGUCCGCCGCCACGUCGCACCAGCAGGGCCAGUCCAUCAGCCUGUCCAACCUCAACCCCGUCUCGGGCCAGUACGCCAACGGCUCCCGCAACACCCUCAACGGCUCGCCGCCCGAGUCCCCCAUGUUCCAUGCCCGACGCGACGCCAGCACCUCGUCGAUCAACCUCGCAACGCCGCUGCAGCCCGGCCAGAGAGCCCCAAGUGCCUAUCUCGAGGAUUUGCUGGCCGAGGACCCGUCAGCCCUGCCUCCCCAAAACAUGUCCCCAUCCCGUCGAUAG